CCCGCGGACUCCCUCGCGCGUGGGAACUGGGCUCUCCCUGCGCUGCGGGGGAGGAAAAAAAAAACUCUGAUUUUUUUUUUUAAAAAAAAUCUUAUUUUGGGGAAGGAGGGAGCCGGGAUCGGCAGUGCGGGGAAACCUGCACGGGAUGGGCUGUCGGUACCCACCUGCCUGAUCGUUGUUAUCAUCACUUUUCAACCCUGACCAAACUUUGCUUUCAGAAGAAAACUUUCGGCGCCUUAAAAGCUGCGGCAGAGAUCCUUGCUCAUCAUGGUGGCAUUGCCAGGUUUUCUCCUACUCCUAUGGAUAGUAAAAGGAGUUGUGCCCUCACAUCCUCAUGGGAAGCCAACUUGGCCAACCUACAAGGUGCCCGUCGUUCUACCCCAGUUAACAAUCCCUUUGGACAAACCACACUUCGAUGCAGAAGCCCACCUGGAAGUGGUCUCCCCAUGUGGCCCAUCUUGUCACAAACGCUCCCCACUCCCAACGUACGAAGAAGCGAAAGAUUAUUUGUCCUAUGAGACGCUGUACUCCAAUGGAUCCCGCACCGAAACCGAGAUUGGCAUCUACAUUGUUAGCAGGACCAGCACAGGGGAACGGAGCCGAUCGCGGACAAAGAGACAAAUCUACGGCUAUGACACCAGAUUUAGUAUUUUUGGCAAGGACUUCUUGCUGAAUUACCCAUUUUCUACUUCCGUGAAGUUGUCCACGGGAUGCACCGGAACGUUAGUGGCUGAAAAACACGUCUUGACGGCUGCUCAUUGUAUCCACGAUGGGAAGAGUUACGUCAAGGGAGCCAAGAAGCUACGGGUUGGGUUCCUGAGACCCAAGCCGAAAGAUGGCGUCAAAAGGACCAACAACAGUAGCAUCCCUGAGCCCGAGAAAAUGAAGUUCCAGUGGAUUCGGGUGAAACGGACACACGUUCCUAAAGGAUGGAUCAAAGGGAACGCUAACGACAUUGGCAUGGAUUAUGACUACGCCCUGCUGGAGCUCAAGAAACCCCAUAAGCGAAAGUUCAUGAAGAUCGGAGUGAGCCCAGCAGCACGUCAGCUGCCCAAAGGAAGGAUUCACUUCUCGGGCUAUGACAAUGAUCGGCCUGGAAACUUGGUUUACCGGUUCUGCGACGUCAAAGAUGAAACUUACGAUCUCUUGUAUCAGCAGUGCGACGCCCAGCCUGGGGCCAGCGGUUCUGGAGUUUACGUGAGGAUGUGGAAGAGACAGAAUCACAAAUGGGAGCGUAAAAUUAUAGGGAUAUUCUCUGGGCACCAGUGGGUGGAUACCAAUGGAUCCCCCCAGGAUUUCAACGUAGCUGUUCGUAUCACACCCCUCAAAUACGCACAGAUUUGUUUCUGGAUCACGGGGAACUACCAACAGUGUAGAGAUGGAUAGAGCCAAUUGAUGUCCCAGAGGGGCUUCAGCGGCUUGCUGGGGAGGGGCAGGGAAAGGGAGAGGCAUGGUGGAAAGCAUACGCUUAACUGUUCUGUGGGCACAGUUCUGUUUUUAGAAAUGCCAGGGUGCAGGAGUUGACCAAGAGCUCAACCAGGUUAGUGUUUGGCAAUAAGCACAGUGUCCAUGCCAUGACACAGAUCCUGGAUUUCUGCAUAGUUUGCGCCUUAGGAUAAGCAAUAGCUUGAGGUAAAAGGGUUGGGGCUGAAGCAAAGUAUCUGUAUCUCCCUUUUGCACCCUCUUUUAGGAUGGGCCGUCAUUCGCCAAAGGGGAUGCUGAUUGGCUGGCUCUUACAUCAUUCAUGUAGCGCAGGAUUGGCUAAGUCUGAUAGGAAGAUAACUGGACAGAGACACAGGCAUCUGUUCUUAAAUCCAGUGAUGCCAAAAUAGCAAAUAGAGGAUUGUGACAUCACAGUGCAAGCUCUGCGCUUCUGGAUGUGUGUUUUAUCAUCAGUUAUUAGUAUAUAAGGCAUUAAUUUACUUUGGGAUGUCAUGACACACUUUUCACCAUUCCCACUUCCUCUGUGGUUGGAGAUUUUCCACAGUGGUCCUUCUCCUUCUCCUUCUCCUUCUCCUUCUCCUCCUCCUCCUCCUCCUCCUCCUCCUCCUCCUCCUCCCCCUC